UAUAGCGGGGUCUCUGGCCAGGCCGGUCAUUCGGAGUCGAUCCAAAGCCAUCACCAAGCGGGACCUCGGCUCGACGUCACUUGAACCGCGCUUCAAGACCUCACAUGGCCCCUACAAAGUAUCAACUUACCUAUAGUCAUGCUGCAAAUCUAUUGGCCAUAUAUGAUUCCCUAUACCUCAGUACCUAGUUACUCCUCAUGUCUUUGUUAUUUUGUGUCACUCGACGCUCCCUGUCGCGUCAACUCUUCCGUGACACAAACUCGACCGCUCAUGGACAAAACUUCAACUUCAUACCCCGGAUAUAUCUGCCCGUUAUGACUUCACGAAGCCAAUCAUCCUCAGUGAACAAGCCCCCGCCUUCAGAGCCGCGGCCAAGCUCCUCAGUUCUACUAGUCUCGCCUGUCAAUGAGGUCCUACUACUCCACCGCGUACACACCUCUACAUCAUUCGCCUCGGCGCAUGUCUUCCCUGGUGGAAAUCUAGACCCUUAUCAUGAUGGCAUCAUCCCGGCUGAAGAAUCGCCAGAAAGACAUCACGACGGGCUCGCGUAUAGAAUCGGUGCUAUCAGAGAGACCUUUGAGGAGACUGGUAUCUUAUUGGCCAAGAAGGACAACGAGCUGGUAAACCUAGCAGUCGAGGACAGAGACACUGCAAGGAAAAUGAUACAUGGGAACCAAGUCAAGUUCCUGGAGUGGUUAAAGUCAGUAGGCGCAGAGCCAGACUUGGAUGGCCUCAUCCCUUUUACGCGUUGGAUCACACCCGCCACCAACACAAAACGCUUCACAACGCAGAUGUAUCUCUACAUGCUACCGCAGUCACAAAGUGACAUGCCAUCAGAGAUGCUCAUCCCAACACCAGACAAUGGCAUCGAACACACAGCGGCCCUCUUUGCACCGGCGGAAUCAUUUCUCGUUCGUGCCGCCACAAAUAGCAUCAUCCUAUUCCCACCGCAGUACUUCCUCCUGAGUUUAGUUGCCAAAGUCUUCCAGAACUCAAUGGCAUCGUCAGAUGGACAAGGAUCUCGUCGAAUCACAGCGCAGAGAGAAAACUUACUGUCCUUUUUGAACCGAGUGCCGACAGCAGAGACAGAAAAGGGUCAAGCACACAAGACAGCCAUGAUUCCAUGGAGUGAGAAAGUCAUGAGCCCUCAUAAUCUUUUUAUUAGACAAGAGGACAAGAGAAUAGUCCUCGGGUUGGACAAACCAGGACCAGAGCUCAGGGGGUCUGAGAGAGGUGGCGAUUGGGAGCAUGUGGUCCUUGUUAACUUUGGUAAAGGAGGACCAACCAAUGUCGAAGUGAGGCGAAGAGAAGAUGCACUAGAAGAGGAGAGAAAGGUUAAAGCUGAUAGCGAGAAGCUCUGAGUUUUCGUAGACAUAGAUCCCAUCGAAUGAUAGAUAUCGAGGAUGAGAUUUGCAUUCACGGUUGAUCCACAUACCAAGUUAUAUGAGUCAGUAAAUAACAAGGUACUUAGGGAAAGAC